AUGAACACCAACAACAGCUACCGCUAUGCUUCCCUCGCAAGCGCUCGGUCCAUCCGCUUGGUCGUACUGCAUCCCAGCACGAACAUCGAUGCACCUCUUGUGUGCGACUUGACUGAGGUUAACUUGGACAGUCCGCCUGAGUAUGAGACUCUGUCGUACACCUGGAACGAUGAGUCACCUUCGGAAAGCAUGACAGUCAUGUCUACGAGCUACGAUUGCCAGUCUUUGCUUCUUACGCCGAACUGUGCAUCCGCCUUGAGAGUUCUACGGAAGCGCAUCGUCAGCGAAACAGUGGCUCAGAUUGGACUUUGGGUCGAUGCCAUAUGUAUCAAUCAAUCAUCCAAUGCAGAAAAAAGCACACAAGUCGGGAUGAUGGCCGAGAUCUAUAACCGUGCUGCACGGGUCAUCUUAUGGCUCGGGAUGAGCUGGGCACCGCCUGAUCUCAAGAGCCUUUGGAUGAUCCAGCUAAUUCGCUUCACUACGACUAAUGGGUAUGAGCCUGAGUGGCUUAUCCCACUCAUGAAGUGGCUGCACCCAAUCGUUGGCAACCUAGUUGCCAAAGGUCGCAGGAAAGAUAUCAUAUCCAACAUCUCUCGCGCCCCGUACUGGUCUAGGAUGUGGACUUUACAAGAGUGCACACACACUACUUCCGCCUUGCUUUGUGUCACUGGACAGCUGUGCCCGCUAUCUACCAUCCGCGCCAUUGCAUAUCCGAACAUUUUUGAUCAUCAGAUCAGCAACCCAUUGUAUCUCCAUUUCAGUCUUCUACAAUCCCUGCAGUACGUCAACACAUCGCAGCCGCCCCCGUGGAUGUUGGCCCUAUCACUGCAGAACAUGCUUCGAAUGAAGGCGUCGGAUCCGCGAGAUAAGAUAUUCGCCCUGCGAGAAUUAUUCCACGGUGUUCUUCAAGGGAUCCGUGUAUCUUACGACCGUUCGCCCGAAGAGCUGUGUGUUGAAGCGACCAGACUGCUCGUCACAAAGCAACAAAGUCUCAAGGUUCUGCUGCAUGGAUUUGUCCAGCCUAAUUCCCCGACGCUCCCAUCUUGGGCAGUUAACUGGGUUGCGGAACCAACUAGCGUUUUGUCUCGUCGGAGACUUUGGGAAUCCGUGGCGUCAGAAGUCAAUGCCUGCAAUGGCGCUGAACCCGCAAUUAACUUCAGCGCUGACGGCCAAAGACUGGUUAUGAAAGGAGUAAAAAUAGGAAAAGUCGGUCCAUGUAUCAGUCAAGAACUCCAUCCUGUGGAUCGAGUUAACGAAGAAGUGAGGGACAGGUUCGGAUACUCAUUUCCAGAAUUUAUCUCAAAGUCUUUGAGCACAAACGCGAUUAGUAGGGAUGAGUUUACGGCUGGCUUCAAAGAACUGUUCAAGGUGGAAUUGGUGACAGACGUCUUGAAACGACCCGCUUCGGAAGAGACUUGGAGGCUUUUUGACAAGCAGACAAGCCCGGAAGAAAUAUGGCAACUCGCCAAAUACAACGCGAACGUUGCUACAGAGCUCAUAGUCAGCUCAGCUGGCGGGGCGCUGUUCUCGGUAUCGGUGGGCGUGGAGCAUCGUCGGUCGUCGGGAGACGUUACCAUUGAUUAUUCGAGAAGGAAGGCGAUUUUUGGGCGUCCUCGAACCCUGUUCAUCCAAGCCAAGGAUUCAUAG